GUUCGGAGCGUGACGUGCGCGUACGCAUUGGUUGUGAAGCGCGCGCGCUGGCCGCUACGCGCCACUCUCGAUCUCUACCGGUGAAAACAGUACACGUGUGAGUGUUCUCUCUUUACUAAGGAUUUGCACUGACCGAGCAAUUACGUCCGUGUUGACAAGAAAUCACGCGAGAGCGCGAGCGCGCGUUACAUCAUGGGCCAGGAACAGUCGUACGCGCACGCUAGCGGCACGCAAGUGAGACGGUACAAGGACAAGUACGACGAGCCCUUGCACUACCGGAGCUCGCCCGUCGACUACCGCGCCAACGACUACGAUAAGGACUACAAGCGACACAAAGCUAGGAGAAGCGCCGACAGCUUCAAGAGCGACAACUCGUCAACAGAGAGCAGCGGCUACAGGAGCGGCUCCAGCGCCUGCGAAUACCGCUCCGACAGAUCCUCUAAAAGUGACUACUACUGCACGUCCUUGUACAAAAACGAACACUACAAAGACGUCAACAAAGAACUCUACAAACCCGUCAAACUCCACAAAGAGAAGCGAUACAACACGCUGCAACUCUUCGACACUGACAAAGACGAACUGAAGAGUGCACGACUCAAAAGCUACCUGAGUGAAACAGAGAAGGCUAAAGCGACUACCACGAAGAAGCCAGGCAUUAGAAAUUACACGCCUAAGAUUCUUUCAGAAGACGAGCAAAGAAAGAAAAGCCAGCAUUGGAUUUAAGAGAGCUAAGACUAGUAGGCUAAGUUGUAAAUAUUAGUUUAGCGGUAGAUGAGUUGUAAGGGCAGCCAUGGAGGCGGCAGGAGCGCUGGCCAGCUUGGCACCGUCGCCCAUCACCGUAUUGGGUCUGAUACCACUCCUGGCACUCGGGAUCACGUACUUCAGAUACCAACAAUUCGACCCGGAGUCUUAUAUUACGGAUGUCAAUACUGUGAUGCCGAUCUACGACUUCGUGAUAGUCGGCGGCGGUUCUGCCGGCGCAGUGGUCGCGUCGCGGCUCUCCGAGAUCGGCAACUGGACAGUGCUGCUCCUGGAGGCCGGCCAAGACGAAACUGAGAUCUCUGACAUCCCCGCGCUAGCGGGCUACACACAGCUCUCCGAGAUGGACUGGCAAUUCCAGACCACGCCCUCCAACAACCGCUCUUAUUGUCUCGCCAUGAAUGGUGAUCGCUGCAACUGGCCAAGAGGCAAGGUACUCGGCGGCUGCAGCGUACUUAACGCGAUGGUGUACGUAAGGGGUAACCGGAACGACUACGACCUCUGGGAAGCGCUUGGUAACCCCGGCUGGUCGUAUGAUCAAGUGUUACCAUAUUUUCUCAAAUCCGAAGACAACCGCAAUCCGUACUUAGUAAAUACGCCUUAUCACGCUGCUGGCGGCUACCUCACGGUUCAAGAGGCACCGUGGCGGACGCCAUUAUCGGUUACGUUCUUGAAAGGUGGUAUGGAACUUGGUUACGAAAACCGCGACAUCAACGGAGCGAAACAGACAGGCUUCAUGUUGACCCAGGCGACCAUGCGGCGCGGCAGCCGCUGCAGCACGGCCAAGGCUUUCCUCCGACCGGUCAGGCAGAGAAACAAUCUGCACAUUGCUCUCGGUGCUCAAGUUACGAGGAUUCUUAUAAACCCUGUUAAAAAACAGGCGUACGGUGUCGAAUUCUAUCGAAAUGGACAGAGAUAUAAAGUUAGAAUUAAACGAGAAGUUAUUAUGUCUGCCGGGGCUCUAGCGACACCUAAAAUAAUGAUGUUGAGUGGAAUUGGACCAGCAGAUCAUCUAAGAGAGCAUGGUAUUCCUUUAGUCGCAAAUCUAAAGGUGGGCCAUAAUUUACAGGACCACGUUGGAUUAGGUGGUUUGACUUUCGUAGUCAAUAAACCAGUAACAUUCAAAAAGGACCGUUUUCAAACAUUUAACGUUGCUAUGAACUACAUAUUAUACGAGAAAGGUCCUAUGACAACCCAAGGAGUAGAAGGACUAGCAUUUGUGAACACAAAAUACGCGCCACCUUCGGGCAACUGGCCGGAUAUACAGUUCCACUUCGCACCUAGUUCCGUGAACUCUGACGGCGGAGAACAGAUCAGAAAGAUAUUGAACUUGCGUGACAGAGUAUACAAUACUGUUUACAAGCCCAUAGAAGACGCUGAGACAUGGACUAUACUUCCAUUAUUGCUAAGACCGAAGAGUUCUGGUUGGAUUAAGCUGAAGAACCGUAAUCCAUUCACAGCGCCCUCUAUAGAGCCGAAUUACUUCGCGUACAAGGAAGAUAUCAAAGUGUUGAUAGAAGGUAUAAAGAUAGCGAUGGCUUUGUCGAACACGACAGCUUUCCAGAGGUAUGGGUCGAGGCCACACAACAUAGCUAUGCCUGGCUGUCAGCACCAUGAGCUGUUCAGCGAUGAAUACUGGGAGUGUUGUUUGAAGCACUUUACUUUUACAAUAUACCAUCCUACGGGGACGUGUAAGAUGGGUCCUAAACAUGAUAUAGAUGCUGUAGUGGACCCACGGUUGCGUGUACAUGGUGUAGCGAACUUGAGAGUGGUCGACGCUAGUAUAAUGCCAACGAUUAUAAGUGGGAACCCCAAUGCUCCUGUAAUUAUGAUUGCUGAGAAGGCAUCGGAUAUGAUAAAAGAGGACUGGCUGGUAUUAUGACAGUGUUAAUUAAUAGUGAAUGAAAAUACUCAGUCAUGAACAAAUAUGAUUAUGUUUGUCGAUAAGUAAUUAUUUUAUUAUAAUGUUAUUCUCGUGUAGG